AUUUAAUCCAAAUAUUGCAUCUGAUCUCAAGAAAGAGCGCGAUAAGAAGCAUGCUAAAAACUUGGCAUUAAUACAUUCCCAUUCUUCCAAAGAAAGAUGGACGAGUGGUAAUAAACAAAUUGAUAUGGUAAUUAAAGCUUCACGUGGUGAAUGGAAAUGGAUAGAACCAAUUCAACUAACAAACAUAACGCAUCUUGCUGAUGGUGGGCUUUCGACCGUUUACACCGCGACAUGGCAUGAUAAUGAUUGUAAGGAUAAAGAAGCAAAGACAGUCGCACUUAAAACCAUUAAUUUCACAAAUAACAAUGCUUCAAAGGCCCUCAAUGAGAUGGCCAACUUAUCAAAGUUCAACUUCGUGAAUUACACACAUGGAAUAACUAAGCACUUAGAUUCAUAUGCCAUUGUAAUGAACUACUUUCCCGGUGGAGACCUGCGCAAAUUUUUACAAAGAAAUAAAAACUUAUCUUGGGAUCUCCGGUUUGAAUUUCUUUAUCGUUUAUUAGCACAGCUUUCUUCAUUACAUAGUAGAGGAAUUAUUCAUGGUGACUUGCAUAGUGGAAAUAUUCUUAUCAAUGAUGUUAAUACGCCAUUUAUAUCAGAUCUUGGACUGAGCUCUGUAAUCAUGCAUAAAAAUGCUACAGGGGAUGAAGUAUAUGGAUGCAUUCCCUAUAUGGCACCAGAAUUGUUUGUGGGCAAGCCACAUUCUCCUGCAAGUGAUAUGUAUGCCAUGGGGAUCAUUAUGUGGGAAAUAUCAGCUGGCGCGUUGCCUUUCUGUGACCGUAAUCACAAUGCUUUCUUAAUAUAUGACAUUUGCAAAGGAUUGCGGCCACCUACUAUUGAAGGAACGCCAGAGUGUUGGAUAGAAGUGAUGGAGCGAUGUUGGGCCAAUAAUCCAAUGCUCCGUCCAGAUUCAUUUAACCUAUAUACUGAAGUUGCUGAGUUAAAAGGAAAACCUGAUGUCAAAAAGAAACUUGAGGAAGCAGAUGAAUUUCAAAAGGAACAUCCAAGCUCUCAAGGUAAUGGAAGCCAUUCUAUUACCGAAUAUGUGAACUCAUUUAUUUCAUGCAUCACUGAGGAUGAGUUGUUAGAUAUUAAUUACACUAUAGAAAAU